UUUAGUGUAGCAAAAACCCAAAAUGAGAUGGAAUCACGUAAAUUGGUGAUUGGGUGCGGCGUUUACACACGAAAAAUAGACGAAAAAGACUUCUCCCGCCAAGCCAUUAGCAUUUAUUAUUAUUUUUAUUAUAAUAAAUAAAUAUAAGCUCUAAAGAUCCAAGCAUUUCUACGGCACCCAAAUUCUGUCGGAAAUGGAGCUUCCGGUAAUCGAUCUGGCACCCUAUCUGGAAAAUUCAUCUUUGGAUUCGGAAAUAGAGAGUGUGUGCUUGGAGGUGAGUCGAACCCUAAGAGAGACUGGAGCUUUACUGGUGAAGGAUCCCAGGUGCACCGCUGAAGAUAAUGAUAGGUUCAUUGAUAUGAUGGAAAAAUACUUCCAACAACCUGAAGAGUUUAAGCGUCUUCAGGAGCGUCCUCAUCUACACUAUCAGGUCGGGGUGACACCUGAAGGAGUUGAAGUCCCGCGUAGCCUGGUUGAUGAGGAAAUGAAAGAGAAGCUCAAAGCAAUGCCUAAAGAAUAUCAACCAUCUAGUCCAUCUGGACCAGAUCGUAAAUGGAGAUACAUGUGGAGAGUUGGUCCCCGUCCAAAGAUUACCCGUUUUAAGGAACUGAAUUCAGAGCCAGUAAUACCCGAGGGCUUUCCUGAAUGGAAAUCUACUAUGGAUUCAUGGGGAUAUAAGAUGAUAUCUGCUAUAGAGUCCGUUGCUGAAAUGGCUGCUAUUGGUUUUGGUCUCUCAAAGGAUGCAUUCACUUCCCUUAUGCAGCAGGGACCACAUCUGCUUGCUCCAACGGGAAGCGACCUGAGGGCUUAUGGCAAAGAGGGAACGGUAUUUGCAGGAUACCACUAUGACCUGAACUUCCUCACAAUUCAUGGGAGAAGUCGAUUUCCCGGACUAAGUAUUUGGCUUAGAAAUGGGCGAAAAAUGGAAGUGAAGGUUCCUGUAGGAUGCCUCCUUAUUCAGGCAGGAAAGCAGAUAGAAUGGUUGACAGCUGGAGAAUGCAUGGCUGGCAUGCAUGAAGUUGUUGUAACUAAUAGGACCACUGAUGCAAUUAAACGAGCUCUGGAGCAAAACUGUAGUCUGUGGAGAGUAUCCUCUACGCUAUUUGCACACAUGGCAUCAGAUGCAGUGCUAAAACCUUUAGGGCAUUUUUCAGACAGUCCUCUUGCAAGCAAGUAUCCUCCCAUUUGUGCCGGUGAAUUUGUUGAACAUGAGCUUGCUGUCAUAAAUCUUAAAGGUAAUAAAGGAGCUUGAUAAUCCCUAUUUAUGGAAGUGGGUUCCUAUAGCACUAAAGGUGCUAUAAAUGAUGAAGCAAAUUGAAAUUGGAUUCUUCUGUCUAUUCCUGGUCAGUGAACAGUUGUCAGGGCAAAAAAGCCUUUGUAAAGGAGCAAAGUAUAACUGUAUCAUUAAUUCCGUUUUGUACUUUGUUUAACACUAGGGUGAUUGGAUAUACUUCCCAAAUGACUGCAAGAUCUGCUACACUUGUUCUAUCAUUUGAUUGGCUAAAAGAUGAAAUGUCAAGCCAUUCAACUUUAAUAGUAUUGGCUUUGCUUUAUGUAUUAACCGUUUGUGUUUUUCAUUGAGUAAUGUCAGUUUCUUAGUGUCUUA